CCCAUGUGAAUAACAACCCCCUAUAGACCUACAUAUCCAAUUAAUCAACUCUCACAUUAAUUAAUACCAUUCUAAAUUUAAUAAACUGUCUAGUUUUCCUACACACUCCACCCUUAUAUUCCUUUUUCCCCUGGCGGAACCUACAAACAAAACACAAAAAUAAGUUGCUAAGUUUCAAAAGAAACAGAGAAAUGAGACUUUUAAUCUCUUCUUGGAGCUUCAUCCUAUAUACCCUACUAGUCUUUUUGAUUGUUCAAGAGAGUUGUGCUAGAAAGAUAACUAUAAUUAAGGAUGUAGCCUAUGAUUUGCAACAGCUUACAACAGAGGGUCUAGUAAAUAAUAUCAUGGAAGUUGAAAACUCUGAUCAUGUAGAAAUGAAUAAAAAAGAUGAACACAAAGAGAUCAUUUCAAAGGAUCAUCACAAUCAAAUAGACCCUGAAUUGAACGUGUUUUUCGUUCCAAAGGAUUUAAAAGUUGGAAAAAUAAUGCCAAUUUAUUUUUCCAAGAAAGAUUCAUCAACAGCUCCAAAAUUCCUACCAAAAGAAGAAGCUAACAAAAUUCCUUUCACACCAAAAAAACUACCUUUCCUUCUAGAUUUCUUCUCCAUCUCAAAAAACUCUCCACAAGCCAAAGCCAUGAAAUACACACUUGAACAGUGCAAUUUUGAACCUAUGGAAGGAGAGACAAAAUUCUGUGCUACAUCAUUAGAGUCUUUGUUUGACUUUGCAAAUUACAUGUUUGGACCCAACUCAAAAUUCAAAGUUUUGACCACAACUCAUGUCACAAAAUCCUCUAUCCCUUUACAGAACUACACAAUUUCAAAAGUGAAUGAAAUUUCAGUUCCAAAUGCAGUAGGGUGUCACCCUAUGCCUUACCCUUUUGCGGUUUUCUAUUGUCACAGCCAAAAGGGUGAUACUAGUUUGUAUGAAAUUGUAGUAGAAGGUGAAAAUGGAGGAAUUGUUCAAGCUGCAGCAAUUUGUCACAUGGAUACUUCUAAAUGGGAUGCCGAUCAUGUCGCCUUUCGUGUGCUUAAUGUAAAACCUGGAAACUCUCCAGUAUGUCAUUUCUUCCCUCCUGAUAAUCUAGUUUGGGUGCCUUUGACUGCAACACCAUAACAAGUUGUGGCCUAUUUUUUCAUGUAUUAUACAUGUGGGAAAACUAUGUCAACUAUAAUAUUAUAGUUCUAGAUGCAAAACAAUGUAAUAAAGAUGUUAUUUUGGUGUGAUUUAGAGACUUAGUAAUCAUUUUUAAUCAUCUUGUUUGUGCA